AUGGAUCGGCACCGGCCGCGGCUGCACCCCGCCACCCCGGGCUCCUCUGCCGGGGUCCACCAGCCCUCCUCGGCCUCGCUCCGCAGCUGCCGGGAGGGCAAGACGCAGCGCCGGAAGGGGCCCCAGUACCCGCCGCCCCCUGGGGGCCCGGAGGAACCUGGGGAGAAACGCCCGAAAUUUCAUUUAAAUAUUAGGACACUGACAGAUGACAUGCUGGACAAAUUUGCUAGCAUAAGAAUUCCAGGGAGCAAGAAAGAGAGACCUCCUAUUUCGAGCUUGAAGACUGCAUUUGCAAGUAAUGAUAGUUCUUCAGAGUUGACAGAAAACAUUCCAAAGCCAUUGUCGGAGAACGAAGUCUUAGAACUUUUUGAAAAGAUGAUGGAAGAUAUGAAUUUAAAUGAAGAUAAAAAGGCACCAUUGCGGGAAAAGGACUUCAGUAUCAAAAAAGAAAUGGUGAUGCAGUACAUUAAUACUGCUUCCAAGACAGGAAGUCUUAAGAGGAGGCGGCAGAUUUCACCUCAGGAAUUCAUCUAUGAACUGAAAAUUGGCUCCGUGGAUGAGAGACUUGUCACAUGCCUAGAAUCACUCCGAGUGUCUUUAACUAGUAACCCUGUGAGUUGGGUGGAAAGCUUUGGACAUGAGGGACUUGGAUUAUUACUGGACAUUUUGGAGAGACUGAUUAGUGGCAAAAUGCAAGAAAAAAUUGUGAAGAAGAGUCAACACAAAGUCAUACAGUGUCUGAAGGCUUUGAUGAACACACAGUAUGGCUUGGAAAGAAUUAUGAGUGAAGAGAGAAGUCUGUCAUUGUUAGCCAAAGCCAUCGAUCCAGAGUACCCCAAUAUGAUGACUGAUGUGGUGAAACUCCUCUCUGCGGUAUGCAUUGUAGGAGAGGAAAACAUCCUUGAAGAAGUUUUAGAAGCUUUAACAUCAGCUGGAGAAGAAAGAAAAAUUGACAGAUUUUCUUCUAUUGUGGAAGGUCUUCAGCACAAUUCUGUUCAAUUGCAAGUGGCGUGUAUGCAGCUCAUCAAUGCCCUUGUUACAUCUCCCGAUGAUUUGGACUUACGGCUUCACAUCAGAAAUGAAUUUAUGCGUUGUGGAUUGAAAGAGAUAUUGGAAAAUUUAAAGCAUAUUAGAAAUGAUGGCCUGGAUAUCCAACUUAAAGUCUUUGAUGAGCAUAAGGAAGAAGAUUUGAUUGAGUUCUCCCAUCGCUUUGAUGAUAUUAAAGCUGAAUUUGAUGAUGUGCAUGAUGUUUAUAAUACUAUAUGGAACCUAGUUAAGGAAACUAGAGCAGAGGGAUAUUUUCUUUCUAUUCUUCAGCACCUUUUGCUGAUUCGAAGUGAUUACUUAGUAAGGCAGCAGUAUUUCAAAUUAAUUGAUGAGUGUGUGUCUCAGAUUGUGUUGCAUAAAGAUGGGAUGGAUCCUGACUUCACAUAUAGAAAAAGGCUAGAUUUAGAUUUGGGUCAAUUUGUUGAUACUUGCAUUGAUCAAGCCAAACUAGAAGAGUUUGAAGCGAAAGCAACAGAAUUUUUUAAGAAAUUUGAAAAAGAGUUUACUGACCACCAAGAAACUCAGGCUCAGUUGCAGAAAAAAGAGGCAAAGAUUAAUGAGCUUCAAGCAGAGUUACAGGCUUUUAAAUCUCAGUUUGGUGCAUUGCCAGCAGAUGCAAACAUCCCUUUGCCUCCAUCAACAGAAAAUCCAAGUGGGCACCCGGCUCCUCCCCCUCCCCCACCAAUGACCCUUUGUGGUGGAGCACCACCACCACCACCGCCGCCUCCUCCACCUCCCCCGCCUCCUCCUCCUCCUCCUCCACUUCCAGGAAUGGUGCCCUUUGGCGGGCCUGUGCCGCCUCCGCCUCCCCUAGGAUUUCUUGGCGGGCAAAGCUCUGCGCUACCUCCGAACUUGCCGUUUGGGUUAAAGCCAAAGAAAGAAUUUAAACCUGAAACCAACAUGAGAAGAUUGAAUUGGUUAAAGAUCAGACCUCAUGAAAUGACUGAAAACUGUUUUUGGAUAAAAGCAAAUGAAAUUAAGUAUGAAAAUGUGGAUUUGCUUUUGAAACUAGAGAAUAUAUUUUGUUGCCAACAAAAAGAGAAAAGAGAAGAGGAUGAUCUUGAAGAAAGAAAAGCUCUUAAGAAAAAAAUUAAAGAACUUAAAUUUCUGGACUCUAAAAUUGCUCAGAACCUUUCAAUCUUCCUGAGUUCUUUUCGGGUGCCAUAUGAGGAAAUCAAAAUGAUGAUAUUGGAAGUAGAUGAAACACACUUGGCAGAGUCUAUGAUUCAGAAUUUAAUCAAACAUCUGCCUGAUCAAGAUCAAUUAAAUGCAUUGUUUCAAUUCAAGAGUGACUAUAACAAUUUAUGUGAACCUGAGCAAUUUGCUGUGGUGAUGAGCAAUGUGAAGAGACUGCGGCCACGGCUCAGUGCGAUUCUCUUUAAGCUGCAGUUUGAAGAGCAGGUGAACAACAUCAAACCUGACAUCAUGGCUGUCAGUGCUGCCUGCGAAGAGAUAAAGAAGAGCAAAAGCUUUAGCAAGUUGCUGGAACUUGUAUUGCUAAUGGGAAACUACAUGAACGCUGGCUCCCGGAAUGCGCAAACCUUCGGAUUUAACCUUAGCUCUCUCUGUAAACUAAAAGAUACAAGGUCAGCAGAUCAGAAAACAACGCUACUUCAUUUUCUGGUGGAAGUAUGUGAAGAAAAGUAUCCUGACAUCUUGAACUUUGUGGAUGAUUUGGAAAACUUAGACAAAGCUAGUAAAGUCUCUGUAGAAACGCUGGAAAAGAAUUUGAAGCAGAUGGGAAGGCAGCUUCAACAGCUUGAGAAAGAUUUGGAAACCUUUCCCCCUCCUGAGGACUUGCAUGAUAAGUUUGUGACAAAGAUGUCUAGCUUUGUUAUUGCUGCAAAAGAACAAUAUGAGAAACUUUCCAAGUUGCAUAAGAACAUGGAGAAGUUAUACCAGAGUGCAAUGGGAUAUUAUGCCAUUGAUGCGAAGAAGGUGUCCGUGGAAGAGUUUUUAACUGACUUGAAUAACUUCAGAACCACAUUCAUGCAAGCAGUAAAGGAGAAUGUCAGAAAAAGAGAAGCAGAGGAGAGAGAAAAACGUGCCAGAAUCGCGAAAGAAUUGGCAGAAAAAGAAAGAAUUGAACGCCAACAAAAGAAAAAGCUCUUAUUAGAAAUGAAGACUGAGGGUGACGAGACAGGAGUGAUGGAUAGUCUGCUAGAGGCCUUGCAGUCAGGAGCCGCCUUCCGGGACCGAAGGAAAAGGACACCCAAACCAAAAGAUCUACGGCAAAGUCUCAGUCCGAUGUCUCAGAGGCCUGUUCUCAAAGUUUGUAACCAUGAAAAUCAAAAAUCGCAGUUGACAGAAGGGUCACGUUCACACCACAGUAUCAAUUGCAACUCAUCCAGGACUCAAGUCACCAAGGAGCUUAAUUAUAAUCUAGACACUCACACGUCUACAGGGAGGAUCACGGCAGUUGAGAAGAAGGAAACCCGUAAUGUAGAAAGCAGCAGAAAAAAGGAAAUGGAACUUCUUGGCACUGUUUCUAAAAAUGAAUCCAUUCCCGAAGUUGAAGCCCUGCUGGCAAGAUUACGAGCUUUAUAAAUUAAACUGGUAAAAAAAUGAUUAAGCCAAAUAUAAAGCUAGGCUCUGAGCUAUAACACUUGAAAAAAAAAUGCUUUUUAUGUUAGAGACUAUAGUUUUAAAUUAUGACAUAUUUUAAAAACAAAGCAAAAUCAGAAUUGCUUCUCUGUAUACUUGAGGUUUUGACUACUUUUUCAAGAUUGUACUGGGCUCCAUGCUUUUGUGGGUUUCGGGGGACAUUUUUUUGAUCUUCUGAUAUUUACAUGUUCUGUAUUUCGUAGUUCAAUCAUACAUAAUGUUUUAGAGUACUGAUAGUUGGUCCUGUGUCCUUAGAAAAUACCAUCUUUCCAACUCACUAUAUCUUAACAUAAGAACACCAGCUGCCUCAUAUCCAUGUACAUUCCAUGUAUGUUAUCCAUGUAGAUCUAGGUUUCUCCUUAAUUGGAAUCAUAUACUCUAUAAGCACAGCACUGGAAACAUAGAACUCAGUAGGACUGUGAGGAAAUGAUGUGUUAGCUCAUUAUCAUUGUUGAAUUCUUGUUAUUUAGAUGCUAUAGGAGUCUGUAAGGAAUUUCAGCAUAUUUUCAAAAAUGAUGAAUGAUGUAAUGAAUGUAUGCAUUCUCUUAGAAAAUGCACAGACUUUGGCACAAAGUGGCUGCAUCAGUGCUUUCCUGUUGAAACUAUUAACCAAUAGGGCAUUUCCCCCUCUGGGAUGGCAAUAACAUCAUCAUUAUGAAACUACCCAAAUAAUGAUUGGAUUUUUGAGGGUUUUUUUUUCUUAAUUUCUGUGAGCAAACUUGAAAUUGAAGCUUUUUAAUGUGACAAUCAGCAAUUUUAACCAAGAUCUGAAUAAGUGUUUCAAGGAAAGUUUGCUGUGCAAAAUGUUGCGAUUUUACCUCAUUUGAGGCAUCAAAUUAACUGUUAAUUCUAUAGCAAAUACACUUGUUACUUGUGCUAAAUGAGGAAAAUACUUGUUUCUUUUGUCAUUAGUAUAUUCAGGAGAGGUAUGCUGGAAAUAGAAUGUGCCAUGCAAUCUAAACAUCUACUCUGCUUUAUUAUGUGCAAUAAGUGACUGCUCUUUUACCUUCAGUUAAGAAGCAGUUCUAUGGAACUAGUCUGAUGAGGUCCAAUGCUUUUUAUUUCCUUGUUCAAGUUGCCACCUCCUUUUAGCUCUACGUUAAUAAAGGUAAUUAAUUAGAACUAUGAACCAGGCCCUGCUUAGAGACAUUGGAGAACAGAAUGUUCUCCAGCACCAAUGUGGGAAUAAAGUGUUCUUGCAGAUGUUGCUGAAAUGUGUAUUUUGCCCUCUAGUUGCAAUUUUUUUUUAGCCUCAGAACAAAUCAAGAAUGGUGAAGGCCAUUUACACAUUGAAGUGGACGGGAGUCCUUACUAGCAAUAUUGGAAGAAUUCUAUAAGUUCUUAAACUUUUCAGAAAUGGAACAAAUUCAUCCAGAUCGUUUGGACACACUAGGUGACAAAGAAGCACUGCUAGAAACUUGGAGCUUUGAAAUACCCCAAGAGAAGAGGCAGCCUGGUGAAGGGAAGUGAGAAGUGACGUCCCUCUGGGUAGAGGAAGUAGGGAAGUCCCCCAAAGCAUCAGUGUGCAUCAGGGGCUGGAGCAAUAGCACAGCGGGUAGGGUGUUUGCCUUGCACUCGGCCGACCCGGGUUCGGUUCCCAGCAUCCCAUAUGGUCCCCGGAGCACCACCAGGAGUAACUCCUGAACAUUGCCAGGUGUGACCCCCCAAAAAAAAAUCAGUGUCUGGGAGCCAAAGGGUAGUCUUCAGCAAAAGUGCCAGGAAUGUGGGACUAGCAAGGCACCUUUAGCCCCUUCUUCCUCACUGAGGGGCACCAGAUUGGCACUGGCCUGAAUAAGAUUUUCACUAUGGACAGGUAAGCAAAGAACAGAGUUGACAGAGGGAAGUUCCAACCAGGAAGCAGGUUGUCUUCUGUUGCAGAAAUUCCCUUGAUAAAUAUUCCUUCAGCAGUGGAUUGAGGAUUAUAAUUAGGGUUUUUAAAUUCAUAACAUUCCUUUAGCCAAAUGAAGAUGAAAACUAUAGCACUGACCUUUACUUUGAAGGCAGAUAUUGAGAAACAAUUUUAUGUUUCUGGGCAAACAGUUUUGUACAUUUGAAUUAGCUGUUAAAAGGCCAACUCAGGAAACCGUCUGACACAAUGCAGUAACCCUUCACUCAUCCAUUCAAGUUAGUAAUAAACCUCAAACAUACGCUCCCCUUUACACUCCAGUCAGUGCAGAAAAUUUGGCAAAAAACACAUAGAUAACUAAAUGAUCUAGGAGUUGAUUGGAAGCAGUGACCUACUGCUAUACUUUAAUCAUAUAUGCAUGUUAAUAUAUUUGAAUGUUUAAAUAUAAUAAAGCACCUAAUGUGCA